AUGUACCAAGGACAGCAAAACAACCAAGAGCCUUUUGACCCUACAGAUUUAUUUGAGUUCAGUGAUGAGGAAUUCCGACAAAUGAUUAAUUUACAAGAUUCUUUUGAUGUCCAAGAAGAAGUUGAUAUUAAAGAAUGUCAAAAGCAAGAUAAUAUAUUCAUUCCAAGUUUGGACAUGAACUACUCUACUGUUUUUGACAUCAUAUUAAAAACAGAAGCUGAAUAUAUGUCAUCAACUUCUAUUGUUGACAUACCAAUACCUGAAGGUGAAGGAGCGUCAUAUUCUAUUAAUCCAUAUGAACUUUCUAGAUUUAACCAAAACUCACAUGUUAUAAACCAUAUGCUUACCAAUCAUACUGAGCAUCCAUUCUGUGAUGUAUUAUGCAGUAAUCGUUAUCACCGUAAAUCUGAUUUAACCAAACAUAUGAAAAUACAUAAAGGUCCUAAUAAUGUAUCAAAUAGUUCACAGUUCACAGUUCCAAUACAUAGCCGGAGUAUUACAAAUGGUAAAGGUUCUGAAAAUAAAGGUGACAAAUAUCAGGCACCAAAUACUAAAAAAGGCAAUGGCCAUGGAAAAAGUCGCAACAAAAGAAAAGAUCUUUUAAUAGCUUUAAAAUUUUACUCAAAACCACAUACAUGUAACCCAUGUGGCUUGUCAUUUACAUAUAAAAAUGUACUACUUAAACAUUUUUAUCGUUGUCACAAUCAUGAUGGUGUAAAUAUUGUUUCUACACAAAAAUCUAAUUCAGAAAGUUAUGAACUUACAAUAUUGGCCAAUUCAAAAUUCAAUAAAGUCUCUUUUUACUUUUGUGAUUCAUGCAAAGAAGCUUAUAACAGAUUUGAUGAUUUUAAACAUCAUCAAAGGUAA